UCGCCGGAUCUCGUCCGCUUCGAUUGUCGAGCUCCCAUGGAUCUUCUCUGUAAUUCGUACGCCGAUUCUUCCGACGAAGAGCUCGAGCAUCAGACGGGGAUGCGGCCGCCUCCUGGAACCGCCAACGAGACCCCUCCUUCGAAGCGACCGCGGCCGAGUCCCGGGCAUCCGUACAACUCGUUCCAGAGACCGCCGUUCUACUGCUCCUACUCUGAUCCUCAAACUAGCUCUGCGGUUUCUAUUCCUGGUCGAUACGUGUCCAAGAGGGAACGAUCGCUUCAUAAAUCUCUUCCAUCGGGUCUGAAUCGGGAUCAGGGUUCGGAUUUGGUUCAGAAUAUAUCCGCAGCAUCUCCUACUGUUCUUGGAAGCAUUGCCGAUUCAGAAUUACCCUGUCAUGUUCUAUCAUCUCUUAGAUAUCGACAAAAGGGCUUUUCAGGGCAAACCCAGAUGCCCAGUAGGAUGUCGAUUUCUUUAUCUGGUCAUACAAAGGCUGUUACUGCAAUUGAUUGGUCAACAAGUCAUGUUCAUCUUCUUGCUUCGGCGGGGCUGGAUGGUGCGGUUUACGUAUGGAAUGUGUGGAGCAAAGAUAAGAAGAAAGCACGGGCUUUUCACUGUCACGAUGCUCCUGUGAAAGAUGUAAAGUGGUCGAAGCAAGGAUUAUCGAUGCUUUCUUGUGGGUAUGACUGCUCGUCAAGGCUUGUUGAUGUUGAAAAGGGGAUACAGAUACAAACUUUCAAGGAGGACCAGGUUGUUGGAGUUGUAAAGUUCGAUCCGGAUAAUUACAACACGUUUCUUUCUGGCGGAUUGAAGGGCAGUCUCAGAUUAUGGGACAUUAGAACCAACAAAGUGGUCCACGAAUACAUCCGAGAUCUUGGUCCGAUACUUGAUGUGGAGUUUGUCAAUGGUGGGGAGAGAUUUAUCUCUUCCAGUGAUGUGUCCAGUGGAAACACGAGUGAAAAUGCUAUUAUAGUUUGGGAUAUCAAGAGAGAAGUUCCUCUAUCAAACCAGGUCUACUCGGAAGCAUACACAUGCCCCUGCAUUAAACGCCACCCACGAGACCCCAUCUUCGUUGCCCAAUCCAACGGGAACUACAUUGCCAUAUUCUCGACCAACCCGCCUUUCAAACUCAACAAAUACAUGAGGUAUGAAAGCCACUGGGUUUCGGGUUUUCCCGUCAAGUGUAGCUUCAGCCCGGAUGGCCAAACCCUAGCCUCAGGCUCUGCCGAUGGUUCCAUAUACAUCUACGGCUACAAAUCCUCGGAUGUCAUCAAGAAGAUAAAGGCUUAUGAACAGCCCUGCCUCGACAUUGCUCAUCACCCGGUUUUAAGCAACGUUAUCGCUUCUUGCAGUUGGGACGGAGAAGUUUCCAUUUUCGAGUGAGAUUUUUUUCGUUCAUUCCGUUUCCAUAUGAUCAUGAAACGUUUAAACG